UCCCCCCUGCCCCUUCUUCCGUUCCUCCCUCUCUGUCGACGACGAGCUCGGUUCCGUCCGGAGGACCAAAAAGGAGGAGGAAAGCCGAGACUUUUCCUCCUGUUAUCCUCGCCUUCUGUUUCUCCAAUCCCCAGAGAGAAGCAAGUAGAAGGAGACCGAGUUAAAGAAGACCCCACCAAAUGAACCCCGCUUUCUCCUUCCUCCUCCUCCUCUGCAACACCCAUCGAUAGCCAAACCCUAACCCUCACCCUAAACCUAAUCCCCAAACAGAAGGAAAAGGAAGAGAAGAAGGAGAAGAAGAAGAAAAGGACGACGUUUAGGAGACGAGGAGAUGCCUUCUAGGUCCUCAGCGAACCUUCUGGACCUGGCCACCGCCGACUCGGACUUCCCGUCGUCGCCCCGCCACCCGUCCCGCCUCCCCCGUGUCAUGGCGGACCCGUGCAUACUCUCCACCGCCGGCGCCGCCGACUCCCCGCCGGCCUCGCCGUCGCCGCGGCCGCCGCAGCGCCGGAUCAUUGUUUCGCACCACCUCCCCAUCCGCGCGACCCCCGACCCCGCCGCUCCCUCCGGCUGGUCCUUCUCCUACGAUCCCGACGCCCUCGUCCUUCAGCUUCGCUCCGGCCUCCCCACCGGCGUCGAGGUCCUCCACGUCGGCACCCUCCGCGGCCUCCCCGAUGGCCUCGACCCCGCCUACCAUGACGCCGUCGCCGCCCACCUCCGCCGCGACUUCCGCUGCGUCCCCGUCCUCCUCCCCCCCGACCUCCACGACCGCUUCUACCACGGCUUCUGCAAGCACUACCUGUGGCCCCUCCUCCACUACCUCCUCCCCCUUAUUCCCUCCUCCCUCGGCGGCCUCCGCUUCGAUCUCUCCCUCUGGCGCUCCUAUCUCUCCGCCAACAAGCUCUUCGCCGACCGUCUCACCGAGCUUCUCAACCCCGACGACGACUUCGUUUGGAUCCACGACUACCAUCUCCUCGCCCUCCCCACCUUCCUCCGCAAGCGCUUCCCGAGGGUAAAGCUCGGAUUCUUCCUCCAUUCCCCCUUCCCUUCCUCCGAGAUCUUCCGCACCAUCCCCGUCCGCGACGACCUCCUCCGCGCCCUCCUCAACGCCGACCUCGUCGGCUUCCACACCUUCGACUACGCCCGCCACUUCCUCACCUCAUGCUCCCGAUUGCUCGGCCUCGACUACCAGUCGAAACGAGGGUACAUCGGCGUCGGUUACCACGGCCGCACCGUCACCAUCAAGAUCCUCGCCGUCGGGAUCGACAUGGGGCAGUUCCGUUCCAUCAUGGCGUCGCCGGAGACGGCCGACCAGGUCCGGGAGCUCAGGGAGAGGUACAAAGGCAGGACCUUGCUGCUUGGCGUGGACGACGUCGACCUGUUCAAAGGGAUCGGAUUGAAGUUUCUGGCGAUGGAGCAGCUGCUGGAGGAGCACCCGGAGCUGCGGGGCCGGGUGGUGCUGGUCCAGAUCGCCAACCCGGCAAGGAGCCACGGCAGGGACGUGCAGGAGGUGCAGGACGAGAUCCUCUCGAUCACGAGGAGGAUCAAUCACCGGUUUGGCCUGCCCGGCUACGAGCCCAUCGUCGUCAUCGACCGCCCGGUGUCCGCCCACGAGAAGGUUGCCUUCUAUGCCGUCUCAGAGUGCUGCGUGGUGAAUCCUGUAAGGGAUGGGAUGAACCUUGUCCCGUACGAGUACACCGUGUGCCGGCAAGGGAGCCUGGCAUUGGAAGGAUCUCCGAAGAAGAGCAUGCUCGUGGUGUCGGAGUUCAUCGGGUGCUCCCCAUCUCUCAGUGGGGCAAUUCGGGUCAACCCCUGGAAUGUGGACGCUGUGGCAGAGGCCAUGAAUUUGGCUCUCGCGAUGCCGGAGGCUGAGAAGCAGCUGCGGCACGACAAGCACUAUAAGUAUGUUAGCUCUCAUGAUGUCGCCUACUGGGCGAGGUCAUUCGAUCAGGACUUGCAGCGGGCGUGCAGAGACCAUUUCCUCCGGAGGUGUUGGGGGAUUGGAUUCGGGAUGAGCUUCCGAGUCGUCGCUCUCGGUCCUAAUUUCAGGAAGCUUUCGGUCGAGCACAUAGCCUCGGCAUACAGGACAACGAAUAGCAGGCUAAUAUUGCUGGAUUAUGAUGGGACGAUGAUGCCGCAGACUUCAAUCAACAAAACACCAAGCAGUGAAGUUACUUCGAUCUUGAACAGCCUGUGCUCGGACCCAAAGAAUGCAGUUUUUGUUGUCAGCGGUAGAGGGAAGGACGAGUUGAGCAAGUGGCUCGCGCCAUGCGAGAAGUUAGGAAUCUCUGCUGAGCAUGGAUAUUUCACGAGGUGGAGUCGGGAUUCUCCUUGGGACUCAUGCAUGUUAAUAGCCAACUUUGAUUGGAAAAAGAUUGCAGAACCUGUAAUGAGGCUCUACAUGGAAGCAACUGAUGGUUCUUACAUCGAACAUAAAGAAAGCGCAUUAGUCUGGCAUCAUCAAGAUGCUGAUCCUGAGUUUGGGUCUUGCCAGGCAAAAGAACUCCUUGAUCAUCUAGAGAACGUGCUUGCCAACGAACCUGUGGUUGUGAAAAGGGGGCAACAUAUUGUAGAGGUAAUCCCCCAGGGUAUAAGCAAAGGUGUGGUGGUGGAAAAUCUUAUUGCGACCAUGCUGAGCAGAGGAAAACCACCAGAUUUUGUAUUAUGCAUCGGAGAUGAUCGAUCUGAUGAAGACAUGUUUGAGAGCAUCAUGAGUUACAUGAAUAAUCCAUCACUGCCAGCAAUAUCUGAAGUCUUUGCAUGCACCGUAGGGGAGAAACCGAGCAAGGCUAAGUACUAUCUUGAUGAUACAGUCGACGUAGUAAAAAUGCUUCAGGGUCUAGCAAAUGCAUCAUCGCGACCACCUGGACCAUCACAAUGUCAAGUCUCAUUUGAAGGCUAUCUCUGAAUGAACACAAGGUUUUCUUCUUGGUCUGUCAGAUCUGAUCUGAUCCAUCGAAACAUCUUGGUUAGAGGUUGAGCCUAGUUAGUCUCAUGGUUUGUUGUCACUUGGAUGAUGUUUGCUGGAGGUCAGGCACGGUUAUGAUUCAUGGGGUCAGAAACUGUUAAAGCCAUUUUAUCUGAUUUUGUGGAUUUGGUAGCCAAGAGGAGGAUUUGUUGCAUAAGGAAUGCUUUGAGAUCUACCCGAAGGGAACGUAUAAGCUGAUUUGUUUCCGAUUAUCAUACUGUAGCUGGAGCUGGUAUUCCAUAUCCGGUCCAUCCUGUUCAUUGUAGAUUACACAUAAAAAGGUUCCCUUUUUUUUUAUUCAGCUUUUCUUUGUAGAUGCAGCUCACAGAUGUAUAUGAUUUCACUCAUUUCAUGUUCCUUUCUUCUGAUAUAUGUAUCUUGUCAGACACUUUUCUACAUUCAUUGCAUGUUAAUAUAUAGCCAUUGUUUCCUUAA